AUGCCGUUGCUGGCCACCGUUGUACUUGUUUUGACGUUCUUUGGCUGUGCAAACGCGGCUAAGGAGUGUACCAAGACGGACAUACUAACUAUGGCUGAUAGCCCAUACGUGGCAGGUUGCACGUCGGAUGCGGGAUUCAGUGCCAUGUUAUCCAUUAAGCAUGUGACCCAAGAAGAGCUCGCAGUGGUCUGUGCCAGCACUUCGUGCGCAGCACAUAUAAAGCUCGUGGAUGCAAUGGGUGUUGGGGAUUGCAUUCUUCCGGAGACGACAGUUCACCUGUAUACGGAUGUUGUUAAUCCAUACAAAAAGAGAUGCACCAGCAUUCAGCCGAAGGGCUCAUCAUCAAGUACAAGCAACGACGGCUUUAUAGCGCAAAGAACGUCAGAGAAGAGAGUAGCUCAAGUGCGACGAGCGUUGCGACAGCGGUCAUUCACUCAAAUCUUACGUGUAGAUCUCAGGAAUUUUAACGAAUACAUACCGAAAACAACAACAUUGCGAUGUAUCUAUUCGUUUGAGUAUAGGGAAAGUGUUGUGAUCUUAACGGCGUUGGUAGGCGAAGGGUUAGCUGCCGCUUCACAUGCCACGGUGACGAUGACGGUGACAAUUUUCUCGACGUAA